AUGGCAACUGAGAAUGAAGAGUCGAGACUCUUCGAGCAGUGUUGCCUUUGCAUCAUAUGUUCCAAAGAUCUCUCGAGCGACGCCGCGGAGCAGCUCGCAACAACCAUCGAAGAAAAUGGUGGUGACCCUUUGAUCGUUCAAACCGGGGCUGAGGUCCCGGAUCUGGCCAAGUUUAGCCACUUGAUAUCUAUCACGAUUGACUUCGAAGCCUACGAUACCGCUUGCGAUGCGCUGAUCCCUGUAGUGAAGCCACAAUGGGUGAAUACUUCAUUACUGAAGAAGAAACUGGCCAAUCCUCGUCAAUACAGCCCAGACCCCCGUCUGUUCAUGAACGAUGUCGUGGUUACAUGUGGUGAUAUACCCGAGGGAGACAAGGAUGCAAUCAUAGGCGGCGUGGUAGCGAAGGGUGGAUUGUAUGCUCCAAGGAUUUCUCAGAUGGUUACUCACUUGGUGGACCUGACGGCCGAUUCCGACAAGGCGCGCAUGGUACAGGCGAAGAGAUUAAAUGUGAAGAUCGUACUACCGCACUGGUUUGACGACUGCCUCAAACUUGGUCGACGAAUCGACGAACGCCCGUACACACUUCCAGACCCAGAGAUAUUGCGCGUGGGCCCGGAGACUCCAAUCCGAUGGCACGAGAAUAAGGACUUGGUUGGCGCGUCGACAACAGACCCGUCUAAGCUGCCCACUAUGGCUGGCUCGGCGCAUAUAUCGGGACAACGCAGUGUGUUCGAAGGCAAAUCUAUUAUGCUGUCUCCGGAUCUCGGAAUCGGCUCGCAUUUGCAGGAAUCAAUCCAGGCUGUUCUCGAGCAAGGCGGUGCUAAAAUGACAUCAAAUAUUGAUGCGGCAGACAUGUUAAUCUGCCGCUACCGAGAUGGCUUUGCAUACCGUACAGCCUCGCGACUGAAUAUUGACGUUGGAAAUCUCGCAUGGCUCUACCGUCUCAUGACAUUCAACACAUAUACUUCGCCGCUCAGAAGACUACUGCACUACCCGGUGUCUCGCACCGGCAUCCCCGGGUUUGAAGGCUUGAAGAUCAGUUUGUCAAACUAUGUUGGUGAAGCCAGAAUUUACUUGGAGAACCUGAUCGCAGCAGCAGGUGCAGAAUGCACCAAAACAUUAAAGCAAGAAAAUACCCAUUUAAUCACAGCUCAUGGUACCAGUGAGAAGUGCAAUGCGGCGAAAGAAUGGGGUCUUGAAGUUGUUAACCAUCUGUGGCUGGAGGACAGUUAUGCGAAAUGGAAGCUGCAACCAGCUUCAAACCCGCGCUACAGCCACUUCCCACUCCGAACCAAUCUUGGGGAAGUCGCAGGUCAGACUCGUCUCGACCGCAAUGUUCUGGAGCAAGUCUUUUUCUCAUCAGUAGAGACUGCUGCCCAAAGCCCACGGCGCACAGUGCAGAGCAAGCACCAGAACAUGGUUUCUGUGCAGCCGCCUGCUGAGAAGAAACGGAAGAUUCAUGAAGACCACACAGAUACUCCGAAUGCUACCGGUACCCCACAGGCUAGUGAGAAGACGCGCCGGCCUAUUCAAACGCCUGCACGGACUCGAAUCAUGUCUGAGGGCAAAGAAAACGAGACGCCGUCGUCGACUAGCAGUCGCAGGUCUAAAGACGCAGCAACUGCCCGACUUCACGAAUAUGCGCCAGAUCUUGCCUUGUACGAAAAGGAGAAGAAGCGCGUGGGGGGUGUUGUCUAUGGCGGCAGACGCAAGUCGGACGAGGAUCGGGUUCAAGGAAAUAAGAAGCGUGCCUCAGUGGAACCUGAAGAUGGGAGCGACGGCGAACACGCGGUGGAAGCCAAGCGCCAGAAAAAGUCUCGGCCACCAAUUGCUAUGCACCUGUUGAUUACUGGCUACCAAAAGUGGGUGGGGAAGGGCAACGAGAAGAAAGAAGAUGCAGACAAGCGAGGCCUUCGAGAUCUUGGUAUUAUGGUGGUCCAAGAUGCUCGACGAUGCACGCACUUAGCUGCACCCUCGAUCUUGCGGACCACGAAGUUCGUCAAUGCACUCGCAUAUGCGCCAACUAUCAUGAGCACAGACUUCAUCGACAGUUGUCUAAAGGCGGAGAAAUUGUUGGACCCAUCCGAUUACCUUCUGGAGGAUAAAGAAGCCGAGAAGAAGUACAAUUUCGACUUAUCUUCUGUCACGACGAAUGCGAAGAAGAACAAGAACAAGAUGCUUCAGGGAUAUCGCAUUUAUUGCGUCGAAGACAUCCGCGGUGGAUUCGAUGCAUUCAAGUCCAUUGUGGAAACAAAUGGAGGCGAAUGCAUGCUUUUCCGGGGUCGUCUAGCCGUCGCAAAUCAUUCUCGUCGGGAGGAGAGUGACGACGAAGAAAGCGAAUCAGAAAAUGACCAUCCCGCCCGGAGGGAGGUCUUCCUUCUCAGCAGCGCUGGGACCAAGCACAGCCGAGUCUGGCCUCGUUUCCGUCAAUUGGCGCUCGACAUCAAGAAGACUCCACGGAUAGUCCGGGUUGACUGGCUGCUCGACAUGGCCAUGUCGCAAGAGACACGUACUGCCAACGAGUACGAGUUGACUGAGGAUAUGAUCGAGCAGACGGAUGAGUAG